CUGCAAGAAAUGAUUGACUUAUUUUUUGAAAAUUUUCAGUUUAAAAUUUCAGCAAACCUGUUCUUCUUUUUCUUACAUCUAGGGAGUUGACACCAGAAUUUAAACCCAGCUUUGGGUUUAUAUCCGAAGGGCUCGGUUUAUCUGUCGCCCAAAAGGUUUCGAUUUGGAAGAAGUGGAUUGAAAGCGGGUUUUGCUUGGUGAUAGGCUUUUCUGCUGGGGCAAGAGUUUGCUUAUGGUAGUCAUUAGCUUUUUACCUGAAAACUGAGGACCAAGAGGCAGCCGCGUGGAUUGCUUACGUAAUCACCCCCCUCUCACCCCGGACAGAUGUUCUUUAGUCGUGCCCCCAAAUUAGGCUUAAUACCGCAAGGUUCUGGAACUGAAGUCAGGGGGCCAGCGAUACACUGUCAUUGUGUGUUCUCUUGCCUACAGUUUGGGAGGAAAGAUGUUCACGGUGCUGACCCGCCAACCUUGUGAGCAAGCAGGCCUCAAGGCCCUCUCCCGAACCCCAGCCAUCAUCGCCUUGGUGGUCUUGCUUUUGAGUGUUGUGGUGCUUGUGGUCAUCACACUCAUCCAGUUUCACCACAAAGAGGUCCUCCUUCCAGGACUGAAGUACGGGAUCGUGCUUGAUGCCGGGUCUUCCAGAACCACCGUCUACAUAUAUCAGUGGCCAGCGGAGAAGGAGAAUAAUACUGGAGUGGUCAGUCAAACCUUCAAGUGUAGUGUGAAAGGCUCUGGGAUCUCCAGCUAUGGGAAAAACCCCCAAGAUGUCCCCAAAGCCUUUGAGGAUUGCAUGGAAAAAGUCAAGGGACAGAUUCCAGCCCACCUCCAUGGAUCCACCCACAUUUACCUGGGGGCCACAGCUGGGAUGCGCUUGCUGAGGUUACAAAAUGAAACAGCAGCUAAUGAAGUCCUUGCAAGCAUCCAAAACUACUUCAAGUCCCAGCCCUUUGAUUUUAGGGGUGCUCAAAUCAUUUCUGGGCAAGAGGAAGGGAUAUAUGGAUGGAUUACAGCCAACUAUUUAAUGGGAAAUUUCCUGGAGAAGAACCUGUGGCAUAUGUGGGUGCAUCCAAAUGGAGUGGAGACCACAGGUGCCCUGGAUUUAGGUGGUGCUUCCACCCAAAUAUCCUUUGCGGCUGGAGAGAGGGUAGGGCUGAACACCAGCAACAUCAUGAAAGUGUCCCUGUAUGGCUAUGUGUACACGCUCUACACCCAUAGCUUCCAGUGCUACGGCCGGAACGAGGCUGAGAAGAGGUUUCUGGCAAUACUCGUUCAGGAUUCUCCCACCAAAACCAGUAUCAUCAACCCCUGUUACCCUCGGAAUUAUGUCACCACCCUCACUGGGGGCUACAUAUUUGACAGCCUGUGCACAGCAGACUUGAGGCCUGUAAAUUAUGACCCUGAUGACAUCAUCACUUUUGAAGGAAGCGGAGACCCAUCACUGUGUAGGGAAAAGGUGGCUUUCCUGUUUGACUUCAAAGCUUGCCAUGACCAAGAAGCCUGUUCUUUUGAUGGGGUUUAUCAGCCAAAAGUUAAAGGGGCAUUUGUGGCUUUUGCAGGAUUCUACUACACAGUCAGUGCUUUCAAUCUUUCGGGGAGCUUUUCCCUGAAAGCCUUCAACUCAAGCACCUGGGAUUUCUGCUCAGAGAGCUGGAGUCAGCUCCCGCUGCUGCUCCCCAGGUUUGACGAGGUAUACGCCCGCUCCUACUGCUUCUCAGCCCACUAUAUCUACCACUUGCUCGUGAAUGGAUACAGAUUCACCGAGGAGACCUGGCCCAAAAUACAUUUUAAAAAAGAAGUGGGGAACAGCAGCAUAGCCUGGUCUUUGGGCUACAUGCUCAGCCUGACCAACCAGAUCCCAGCCGAAAGCCCCCUGAUCCACCUGCCCAUGGACCCACCUGCCUUUAUGGGCAUCCUUGCCUUCUUCACAGCAGUGGCCUUGCUGUGUCUGGUGUUUCUGGCGUACCUGUAUGCUUCGUCCAGGAAGCAGAGGCGCUCCCAGCAUGCCUUCGACCACACAGUGGAUUUUGAGUGAGCCUUGUGAAGCAGCUCCUGGAGCCUGAGGGCUGCCCGGAACCAGCCUGGGUAGCACCAGACAAUGCAAGCGAAAUGUCCAUCUUCAGGAAGUGCACCUAAAGUCAAAUACCUAGAUCAUGUGCCUCUCCAAGACUGAUUUACACCAAAGCACCUCUUGGGGAGUCCCCCAACUGUUCUGGAUACGUUGUUCCUCCAAAAACCCUACCACCCACUCACUGACCUAUUGGGGAACUGAGGAGAGACAGGCCAUCAAGGUCAGGCUCUUUAAUCCAAGUGCCCUAGAGGAAGAGUAAGUUGAGAAUAUGACAGUUUGAUGUUGAAGAAUUGACCUUGGGGCUCAGUUUGCAUUUUUCCUUCCUCAGAAACACCUCCUGGCAAGUUUGGAAGCUGGCAGGCGCCCAUGAAGCAUUUAACAUAGUUAAAUAUGUUGCAUUGUGGCUUCCUCCCAUUGAUUCUUAACUAAGAUUUGGCAAUCCCAUAAACAUUGAGCUGCCUCAGACUAGUAGAAUAGAGUAUCUGGGGGAGAAAGCUCCUUUACCCCAAGGACAGUGGCUAUGGCCAGGCUCUGUCAUACGGCAGAACUUGAAGGACAGAGACACACAGAAAAUCUCCCUGGAAACUGCAGUCCAUUUCCAGAGUGGGAUUCCCGCUCAGGGCACUGGUCAGUCAAGUGCAGCCUGUGUGUAUGUCUUCAUUCUCACCUGUCCUUCCCAUGGUUGGGUCUUCUCAUAAAACAUUGACUCCUAGUGAGGCUACCACGUAACAGAUCUUUUUGCCUUUGCUAGGCAUUUGCUUAGGGCUGUUUCUCCACUGACAGUGUGGUGUGUGUGUUUCACCCACUGUUCCCACAAGUGUACUUGAUGCUGUCCUCAGAUAGCCUUGCUUACCACUUUCCUACAAAGGAUGAGAAAGAACUCCAGCAAGUCUAAUGGUGACGAACUAAAAAUCAACAUUAGUUCAGAUUGUUGUUGGUUAGCUGAAUAUGGAAUAAAGGACUCUUAUUUUGUUUUGACUUGAAA